UCCAGUGAGCUGUGGGAUUCGAUUUCCACAUGGGCAGUGUCCCUGGACAUGUUUUCAAAGCAGCCAGGAGCUUGACCUCUUCUGAAAACUUCCCCAGGGUGGCUGACAAACUGCCUAGACCAAACCUCGUCUUGCUCAAGCACUUGCUGUCUCUGCUCCAGCACAUCAGCCGAAAUGCCGAGACCAACAGGAUGGACUCCAGCAAUCUGGCCAUCUGCGCUGGCCCAAACAUGCUGAGCCCGGAGACGGACAACACGCUCCCGCUGGAAGUGCAGAAGGAGAUGAACGACAAGGUGACGGUGUUGGUGGAGUUCCUCAUAAACAACUGCUCAGAAAUAUUUGGGGAGGACAUUGCCUUGCCUGUCUGUGCCUUGGCUGAGGAGUCACCGGAGCACACAGACAGCUCCACAGGUAUGAGAACAGACCAGGGGUGUCACAGACUGGGGCUGCUGGGCCAAGUUCCUUGA